GGCGGGGCGGAGCUGCCGUGAGGGCCCCGGGCAAGAUGGCGGCGGCCGCGGCGCUGAGGGGCGGUGGGAGGGCGGCAACGCGUCAGGUGUUGCAGCUGGAGGCGCGCGGGCUCUGCACGAAGCCAAAUAAACAAAGCGGGACGCCGCCAAAAAAGAUUCCUCCAGGCUGCUGCUUGGCUGGGUCAGGCUGUGCAGGGAGUCAGACCUCUUCCAAAGGUGGCUUCCCAUCCUCCUGCUUCCCUCUGCUCUUCCUUCCUGCCCUGCACCUUCCAGCUGACAGAGAGAACUCUCUCCUACUGUCCACAGACAAAGAUGAGAGCAUAUCUAGUACCAGCCUCGAGGAAGCUUCAAAACCUGCUGAAGACACAAGGAGGUUCAUGUCAAGAAAAACUGUGGUUGCAUUUCCUCAGCGAGGAGUUGUUUCCUCCCCUGAGGAGGAAAACCUCACUGUACCUGCAACAAGAGGCUUGAGGAAAGAGUUAGUUGAGGAACAGACUUCGUCCUCAUCCAGCUCAGAGUCAGAUUCUAGCUCAGAUUCUGAGGAAGAAAACGAGGAUUCAGGAGUUGCUGUUAAAACUAGAGUUGAGUUUCCUAAGCGAGAUCCCAUCGUUUCUGAGAACAUAGCAGUAAAGGCGUCAAUGCUAGCAAAAGAGAAUUUGUUCCAGAAAUCCCACAAAGAGUAUGGACUUAAGAAGCUGCCACGCCAACCAGAAAUAAUUGUGUCUCCUGUAAAGCAGGUCAAAUUUUCUAAAAAAUCAGUCAGCCAGGAAACAUCAAAAUCCAAAGCGAGAGACCCCAAAGUAAAAUCCACGCCAAAAGCAGCAGAUUGGCAGAAGGUGGUCUUAGAACCAGGUGUGGUGAGAAGCCAAGACCUGACGGGUGUCACUCAUAAAUCUGAUUGUUUGGAGGAAAAGUCCAUCGGAACCCAAGUAGCAGCAAUUCAGCUGAAAACUUCAGCAGCUGCACGGGAAGACAAAGAGCAAAAACUGGUAUCCAGAGGAGAGAAGAAAAAGGUGAAGGAGGCACAGGAGUCAGAAGCAAAAGAAGUAACUGCUCCUGAAGUGCAAGAGACUUCUGGAAGCACAAUGUUGGUGAUGGGCACCACAGCAAAGGAGGAGACCAUUCAGGAAGCAGGAGUCCAGGCUGGAGAAAGCAGCACAACAGAGGAGACCACAGCACUCGGUGAACCUGCUCCAGAGGAAAUGGAUAAUUCCACCUACAAGAACCUCCAGCACCACGAGUAUCACACUUACACCUUUGCUGAUUACAUUACUGUUCUCUCAAAGUUCAGGCAGCCUCAGCCAUCUUCUGGAAGACCAUCACCAAGGCACUGAAAGAACCACGUUUAAAGCAAAUGCCCAGGCAGAGUGAUGAAUUGUUCUAUUUAGCACUGUUGCUUCAUCUGUGUAAUUUAAAUCAGAUAAUAGAUAAUAAAUAAUAAAUAAAUGCAUAAUAACUU